AUGGCGUCGAAUCUACCUACCUUCAACUUCAACCCUUUAGCCCCCGUCACGCCCCCGCCCGAGCAUCUCACAUUCCGAAAACCCGCACUUCCUCUUUCGGCUCAACUGAAACGCAAGGCCGCUGAGGCCAACAUCACCGAUGACCAUGUGACGGCGACUAAGAUGAAUAAAGAGGAAUCGUCACAGAACACUCCGUUCAUGGCGUCCAUGGCCGCUCCGCCCAAGCCAACGUCGAUUCCCAACGCCAGUGCAGCCGACCCGAACCAGCCCACCAUGGACCCCCGAUACAUGGCCAUGGUCUCGCGUAUCGCCGCCUACUACCAGCAGCGCUGCCAAGCCAUCUCCAACGCGCAGCAGCAGAAAUGCCAGGCCUGGGCAAACAUGCACAGGCAAAAGUGUCAAGAGAUGAUGCAGGCGGCCAUGUUAGUGGUGGCGUGGUACAUCCGCGACAGGAUCCAGCGGAGGCGCCGGAGGCAAAAGCGGCAAUUCCGGACGGGAUUAAGAGCGCAGAGCACCCGGUCCCGCAUUGCCAAAGGCGAGGGGGUCCGGCGAUGGGUCAUGAACGUGCCCGAGGGUUUGUCAUCGCCGCAGGUCCCGGGGGUCGACGGCCUCGCCGAUCAAGAGGAGGCCCACUUCUCCAUGGACAGGGAGGUGCCACCGGACAAGGACGCCAAGCUGUUCGAAAUGGCCGACGGCAUGAUCAGGAGUCAGUACCGCAAGAUCGAGGUGCCCAUUCUCGGCGUGCUCGGCUUUGACGAGGACGAGAGUGAGAGCGAGAGCGAGGCCGAUGACGAUUUUGACCAGCUCAUGGAAGAUGAAUUCGAGGAUGGCGCGGUUGAGGAAUACGAUGAGGACGAGGACGAUUUGGACCUGGAUGACGAAUAUGAAGACGAAGAACAAGAGGCUGGGUCCGAGGUUGUCCACCGUGGCACCGGCACCGGCACAGGAAGCCGGGGUAAGGACUCUGGCUUGUCGUCUUAA